UUUUUUUUCUUUUUGUGCAGAUGUUUGCUGAGUUUUUAAACUACAUAUCUUGCAUUUCACUCAUUUAUAUUUAUACUAAACUCACUGUCACCUACUUCUUAGCUUCACUUUAAAUUCUUUCUUUGAUGUUCUUAUCUCAUCAAAUUACACCUUUUUUUCUUGAUUUAUUUCAAACUUGUGACACCAAACUUGUUUGUUUUUCUUGUUUUGAUCUUAAUAAGUUGGUGAGUCGGUGUUAGAGAGUGACAGAGAAGUAGAAAAUAUUUAGACUAAUACAGGAUUUUAGAGUUUAUAACAAUUGAGCAAAAACUCAGUAAUUGUGUUGGGUUUGAGAUAGUCAUUGUCUUGUUACCAAUUCUGGUUUCCUUACAUUGAGAGGGUGAGUUGAGGGAUAAUGGGGAAGCAAGGAUCCCCGAGAAGUCCUCGUCCGAAUAAAUCAUUUGGGGCUAAAGAUUAUCCGAAAAGAAGUUCCGAAAGUUUGCCAAGCAGUGAUCUUUCCAUUGGAAGGAGGUUUUCAGGAGGAGAAAGUACUUGGAAAACCAAAGUUGUAUUACUUGAUGGUUUUAAAAAUGAUUAUGGAAAGUUUAGUUCUAAGGGAGUUUAUUUUAGUAAAAGGCAUAUAUGGUUUCGCAAGCAUGCUAGAUCAAUUGCUUUUAUGUUUGCACUAUUUGGUUUUCUGUUCUUGCUUGAUUCUUUCAUGGUAUCAGUUUUUGAUUCUAUAUAUGUUCAAAAUGGUUCGAUAAAGGACGAAAGGACCGACUUCAGUAACGAAGAAAAAGCACCGGUCCAGAUGUAUAGUCGACUCCUAAACUUGGCUUCUAGUGCUCUGGCAGAGAAAGAGCUCAAGAAUGAGAAACCAAACUACUGGGAGGAACCAAACCAGAAGGCAUCUGUUUGGAAACCCUGUGCAGAUCAGAAGAUUUUAAGAAAAUCAGAAAAACCUGACAAAAGCAACGGUUAUAUAAUGGUCAGCGCCAACGGGGGUCUCAAUCAACAAAGAGUAGCUAUAUGUAAUGCUGUUGCUUUGGCAUCCUUACUCAAUGCAACUCUAGUUCUUCCCAGAUUUCUCUACAGCAAUGUAUGGAAGGAUCCUAGCCAAUUUGGAGAUAUCUACCAAGAGGAGCACUUUAUGCAGAUCAUGAAGGAUGAUAUUGAUGUAGUAAAGGAACUUCCUUCUCAUCUGAAAACCUUAGAUUUUGAAGCAAUUGGUAGCCUCAUCACCGACGCUGAUAUUGAGAAGGAGGCAAAACCCGUUGAUUACCUUGAGAAAGUGCUUCCUGUCCUAUUGCGGAAUGGAGUUGUUCAUUUACUUGGAUUUGGAAACCGUCUUGGCUUUGAUCCAGUACCUUCUAACCUUCAAACAUUAAGGUGCAAAUGUAACUUCCAUGCAUUAAAGUUUGUUCCGAAAAUUCAACAAGUUGGAUCACUGCUGAUCACAAGAAUACGGAAAUAUGAUUCUGCACACAGCAUGUUAGACAAACAAUUACUCGGAGAUUUUAUGCGUGACAAUUCGUCGAAUAUGAAUGAUCAAAUAAAAGAGCCAUCUAAAUAUCUUGCUUUGCACUUGAGAUUUGAAGUAGACAUGAUUGCAUAUUCCUUAUGCGAAUUUGGAGGCGGAGAAGAUGAGAAAAGAGAACUCAAAGCUUAUAGAGAGAGCCAUUUUCCGCUGCUCAUUGAACGGUUGAAAAACUCAAAGCCUAUCUCUACAUCAGAGUUAAGAAAGUUAGGAAGAUGUCCAUUAACACCAGAAGAAGCUGCACUUGUUCUUGCUGGUCUCGGGUUUAAGCGUGGAACUUACAUUUAUCUCGCGGGGUCUCAAAUGUAUGGUGGAAAAUCUAGAAUGUAUCCCUUGACCAGUCUCUACCCAAAUUUGGUAACAAAAGAAACUCUCCUCACAGCCAGUGAACUUGCUCCUUUUAGGAAUUUCUCUUCACAGAUGGCGGCUUUGGACUUUAUUGCGUGUGCAACUUCUGAUGUCUUUGCGUUGACUGAUUCUGGGAGCCAACUAUCAUCCUUAGUGACUGGUUUUCGGACUUAUUACGGCGAUGGGCACGCCCCCACAUUGCGGCCAAACAAGAGGAGGCUAGCAUCAAUUUUGUCAAAUAAUAGCACCAUAUCUUGGAACAAUUUUGAAGAUAGGGUAAGGAAGAUGAUAGAGGAAGGUCAAAGGGUUCGUGUUCGGAGUUUUGGUCGAAGCAUUUAUCGGCAACCAAGGUGCCCAGAAUGCAUGUGUAAAUAAAUUCGGGCAACCUAUUCUGAUAACAUUUCAUUUAUUAGUUGAUUUGUACAUAUAAAAUCAUUCUUUCUCAUUAUUUGAUGUCUUGAAUUCAAUAAAAUAUAUACCAAUUAAUAGUCUAA